CACCACCAUCUAUCCCGAGUCUUUUUUCUUUUAUAUAGCUCUGCUGUCACGCCGAGCCCCUCUUUUUCCCUGCAAACCCUCUGUGCGCUUGACGCGCUGAAUCCACACGUCACCGCAAAACCCUUUCACCAUGUCGUCUGCGCAGGCACAGGACCUCAGGAAGGCCGAGGAGAGACACACUGCCAAUCUACCCAGCACCGCGGCAGCUCAACAGAGCGACAAUGUUGCUCAUGCUUUGGCCGGUGCUGGUGGUGGGCUGCUGUCCAUGGCUUUAACAUAUCCCUUGAUUACCCUCUCCACCCGUGCUCAGGUCGAGUCCAAGCGCGCUCAAUCCUCCGCCCUCGAUGCUGUCCGCCACAUCCUCAAGCGUGAGGGCGUUGCCGGCCUCUACGCCGGCUUAGAGUCCGCCCUGUUCGGCAUCAGCGUGACGAACUUCGUAUACUAUUACUGGUAUGAGUGGACUCGUUCGGGUUUCGAACAGGCAGCGGUGCGGACCGGCCGCGCAUCGAAGAAGCUCACGACCAUCGAGUCGAUGAUUGCGGGCGCUAUUGCGGGCAGUGCUACCGUCCUGCUCACCAACCCCAUCUGGGUCGUCAACACUCGCAUGACGGCUCGUAAGUCCGAAUCAGAGGAGCAGGUCCUGCCUGGCUCAAAACCCGUGAAGAAGCCCUCAACCAUCGGCACCCUCCUCGCCAUCAUCCGCAACGAAGGCUUUCUGCGUCUCUUUGCUGGUGUCAUCCCCGCCCUCGUCCUCGUCAUGAACCCCAUCCUCCAAUACACUAUAUUCGAGCAGCUGAAGAAUGCAUUGGAAAAGAGAAGGCGCGUAACACCCACGGACUCCUUCUACCUGGGCGCCUUUGGCAAGCUGCUGGCCACCAGCAUCACAUAUCCCUACAUUACGGUCAAGAGCCGUAUGCACGUUGCUAGCAAGGAGGGCCCCAAGGACGACAUGAGGACGAGUUUCCGUCGUAUUAUCAACGAGGAAGGCUGGGCCGGCCUCUAUGGAGGAAUCGGGCCCAAGGUCACUCAGAGUGUCAUCACUGCUGCCUUCCUCUUCGCGUUCAAGGAUGCCCUCUAUGCAGCGACCGUGAAGGGCAGACGCCUGAUUGCUUCCAAGAAGUAAGCUAUCAGUGUCAUACACAUCGCCGUAACAGGCGUUACGAAGCACAAUGAAUAGCAGCCAGGAUCUAUUUGAUCCAUGAUCAUGACAAUGGGCUAGUGUGAGAUAUUACGAUCGUCUUUUGUCUCUCCCCGGUAAGUUCGGGUAGCAAUUUGUAUAUGUGGCAUCAGCUUCCUGGAAAGGAGCUGUGUCGGCUUUGGAUGUGCGUAUGCCGAGCUGGUCUACUACUCCAUCUAAGUUGAUGGAGGUUCUGUACUCGAGGAUAAAGGCGCAUUGUAACAAUCAGUGUCAACUGUUGCCAAAAUUCGUGUAAUCUACGUGUAUUCAAUAAGAGUUCAGUUGCGUGUG